AUGGAUGUGUUCGUCAUUGAACUAAAAAAAUAUUAUGAUAUAUUAAUCGUUUUAACCCAGAGCGUUCGAACGUUAGAAAAUGAUGCGACUAGAUUAAGCGAAGAAUUAUUACAUGCAAACAAUCUUAUACAGGCAGCUCAAACUGAAUUACAGCAGAUUAAACUGUAUAUGAAUCAAAAACCUACAUGCUUAGCUAGUAUAGCAGAAAGUCAAGCGAUCCUUCAACAAGAACUCCCGAACUUAAAACAAAAAGUGAAUGGAAUCAAAUUUAUUUCUUAUGAUGGAAGUUUGUUAUGGAAAAUAACCAAUGUUUCGAGUACAGUGGCUGAUGCACAAUCUGAAACAGAAACGUCGAUUUAUUCGCCGAUAUUCUACUCUUCACUAAUCGGAUAUAAGAUGAGAGCGAAACUCUAUUUAAACGGUGAUGGAGAAGCUCGUCGAACACACGUGUCGAUAUUUUUUCUCCUUAUGCGUAGUGAUCAUGAUCUUAUCCUCAAAUGGCCCUUCAGUCAUAAAUCUCGAUUAGACGAUAUCGUAUCCGAUUUACGUUUAGCUCAUCCAAUAUCAGAAUUUCUCGGCUAUUCUAAUAAUAUUAAUUUUUCUGCGUUGAAACGUGAAGAACACAACCAUUUACCAUCAUUAAUUAUUUUAUUUAAAACUAUUCAGUUGUGGCAACAAGAAAAUAAAAAAUUCUAG